CUCCUAUUGUCGCACCGAUCCAACGCGCUUCCAACUUCGAUCACACCUCUUCCUCACUGUCAUUGUGACGCGUUCUGUUCGCCUCUGCCUAUGUUGGAGCUGGGGCUUCCAGCCAGUAAUGGCUCCACAGAUUCAAGAUGGCUCGCCGGCGAUACAGUUCCCCACAGAUGUUCCAGAUAGAAGCAGCUGGUUACAGAAAUUGGGGAUUGCCAUCGAGGUCAUCUGCCCGACCCUCGCUCUUAUUGUGGUCGUGUUGCGUAUCCACGUGCGGAGGACGAUGAUGAAUUUUGGUUGGGAUGAUGGGUGGAUAUGCGCUGCAAUGGCUCUGAAUCUGGCGCACGCAGUCGCUGCUAUAGAAUGCAUGAAAUACAACUAUCUCGGCAUUCACAUCUACGAUAUCCCUCCGCAUGACCCGACCCCUGGCAUGAAAUGGAACUACACUGUGGGCCUAAUCUACAAUCCCAUUCUCGCCAUGGUCAGGACCUCUGUCCUCAUCUUCCUCCUACGGCUUGGACGGACCAAGGACAACGUCAGAGUCCUAGUCUGGGGUUUCGGAUGUUUCAACCUGGGCCUCAUGAUCGCGGCCUUCUUCUCCGUCAUGUUCGGCUGCGUCCCAAUCGAGGCCAACUGGAAUCUGGAUCUCCUUGUCCGGGGGAAAUGCGUCAACGGGAUUGCCCUCUCUCUCACACUAACUGCGUUGAACAUCGUCGCGGACCUAUUGAUUCUCAGUUUGCCGAUCUGGAUCUUCCUUGGGCUGAGAAUGACCAAGAGAGUAAAGACGGCAGUACUUUUCGUUUUCCUGUUGGGGUUCAUCGUCGUCAUUGUCAGCGGCAUCAGGCUCUUCUACCUCCAUCAGUGGUUCUUCUCGACGUUGGAAGAUGACCCGACCUUCUCCAUCGGAUACAUUACCUCGUCCAUCGAGACCAACCUCGCCAUCAUUGCCGCCUCCGGGCCGGCCCUCUGGCCCCUAGCUCGAAGAUGGUUUCCCGGUCUCUUCUCCAAGCUGAGGCUCUCUUACGGCUUUCAAGGCGACCUGUCCGACGUCGACGAGGCGAGUAGCGGGGUGGCGCACGAGAGCGGAGGAUCGUCGAUAUGCACCUCCAAGCUGAAGAUCCUGGGUAGGCGGGGCGAGAAAACCAACCGCUCCCCGGGGGAUUCGGCUUUGGGGUUGAGGGACAUCAGAGGCAGAAGCUCGGCAGCCCCAGGAGAUGUACGAGACAGUACACUACAUGAGUCUCAGGAAGAGAUUAUGGGAGACAGUAGUAUUGUCGUGGCAACUGAAGUUAUGGUCGUACAAGACGAUGAGUCGUACCGAGAAGGCCGAGGACGGAAUAAAGUUGAUGAUGAUGCGCUGAAGGUGUAA